AUGUCGGAGAGACUCGGUGCCAUGGCCAUUGCCGCGGCCGGUGCCUACGCCAUGACCUCCGGGUUCGUGGUCAGCCAGCCGGCCGGGCACCAGCCAGCCGAGAUGGCACGGCUGAGGGGCGCUCAGCCCAGCUCCGGCGUAGGCUGCAGCUCCACCAUGCUCAACCUGGCUGGGGCCGGCACCGUGGCAGCUGCCGGCAUGGCCGUCUGCCAGCGCAAGCGCACGGCGCUCCGCGCUGAGAAGUUCGCAGGGGGCUUGGUGGGAAGCGCCGGAGGCUUCGGGAACCAGUAUGAGUUCGACCCCUGCAACUUUGCAGAGAGCUACCCCACCCUGCUCCCUUGGUUCCGUGAGGCCGAGCUCAAGCACGGGCGUGUGGCGAUGCUUGCCUUCCUCGGCCUGAUCGUCCCCGACGCCUUCCGCCUGCCGAUCGACGGCCCCUGCCAGGACACCAGCAUUGAUGUGAUUGCCGCCCACAACAAGCUCAUCGGCCCCGGACUUGGCGAGGGCCAGAUGUGGAACAUGAUGAUCGUCGUGGGCGCCAUCGAGUCCCUCCGCUUCAAGCAGGUCGGUCUGGGCUUCGAGAGCUUGACCCUUGAGAACGCCGGAGACCUCGGCCUACGUGCCCUCGCGCCAAAAACGGACAAGGGCAUGGAGCUCAUGAAGACGUCCGAGCUCAAGAACGGCCGCCUGGCGAUGCUCGCCGUCGGCGGCUGCCUCACGCAAGCCGUCGCCCUGGAUAUCCACCACUUCCCCUUCACCAAGUGA